AUGGUUAUUCAUAAUUCAUGUCCAGGUAAUAAAGGGAAUAUAUGGUUGUUUUGGAAUAAAAGUAUUGCUCAGCCUCAAGUAAUUUCAGUUUCUAGUCAAAUGAUUAUUGUAAGCAUUGGAGAUGUGCUGGUGUCAGGUGUUCAUGCUCAUGUCAAGGUGGUUCAAAUGAGGUUCUUAUGGUCUGAAAGGAAGUUAAGUGAUCUCAAUAAACCAUGGAUUAUAUUAGGUGAUUUCAAUGCAGUUUUAACUCAAGAGGAAAAAGUUGGAGGUAAAUUACCUAACAGAAAUUCAAUGUUAGAUUUUAAUGAUUGCUUAGAUAAGUGUGAAUUGCUUCAAGCUCCCAGAACUGGUUUGCAAUAUACAUGGUCUAAUUGUCAACAUGGUAGUAAGAGGAUAUUAUGUACAUUGGACAGAGUUGUUUUCAAUCAAAAAUGGCUACAAUUUUAUGGAGAUUGGGGGUAUAAAGUUGGAAUGAGGGUUGUAUCUGAUCAUGCACCUUUAUUAGGUGGGUGUGCAAGUAUUCCUAAGCCAAAUAAUGUUCCAAGAAACUUUCAGAAAAUGUGGCUCAGUCAUCCAAAUUUCUUACAAGUAGUAGAUGAUUGUUGGGCAGAACCAAUAGUGGGUGAUCCUGCUUUUCAGUUUUUGCAGAAGUUGAAAGUGUUAAAUAAAGUUUUAAAUGAAUGGAAUUGGAAUGUAUUUGGGAAUGUUCAAACUAAAAUUAAGGAAGCUGAAAUUAAAGUUAAAGAGGCAACUCAAUUUUCUGAUGAUAAUCCUUUUGAUGAGAAAGCUCUUAAUGAUUUGGUAAUGGCAGAGAAUGAAUAUGCAAGUAGAGAAGUGCAAGAAAAGACUUUGUUGAGACAAAAAUAUAGAGUGAAGUGGAUUCAAGAAGGAUCUGCUAAUACUAAUUUCUUUCAUACAAUCAUGAAGAUUAGAAAUUCAAGGAAUAUGAUUAGUGAACUUGAAGAUUAUAAUGGAAAUGUGAUGACAAAUCAAACUCAAAUAUCUGAUUUUCUUGUUCAACAUUUUAAGAAGAAGUUUGAAUUUCAGCCAGUUGAUGAUGCAGAGCAAUUGUUAAAGGUCAUUCCAAAAAUGGUAACCGAAGAAGAUCAGCAAAAUCUUGAUGUCAUUCCUGAAGCUGAAGAAAUUAAAAACAUUAUCUUUGAAAUGGAUCCAGAGAGUGCUCCUGGUCCAGAUGGAUUUUCAGGCAUUUUUUACAGAAGUUGCUGGGAAACUAUCAAAUAUGAUCUUGUAGCUGCUAUUCAGUCUUGUUGGAGGAGAAAGUUUAUUCCAAAAGGUAUGAAUUCAAGCUUUUUAGUCUUGUUACCAAAAACACAAGGAGCAAAAACUGCAAAUCACUUUAGACCCAUUGGUUUAAGCAAUGUAAUUUUUAAAAUCUUCACUAAAGUGAUUACAAAAAGGAUGAAUGGGAUUAUGGAAAAACUGAUAUCUCCUCAGCAAGUAGCUUAUGUCAAAGGAAGAAGUAUCCAUGAACAAGUUCUUCUUGCUUCUGAGUUAGUGAAUGAAAUGAAAGUUAAAAGAAGAGGUGGUAAUGUGGGUAUUAAGCUUGACAUUUCACAAGCAUAUGACUCAGUUAGUUGGGAGUUCCUCAUCAAAGUGUUAAUACAAUAUGGUUUCUCAGCUUCUUGGUGUGACUGGAUAAUUACUCUGUUUAAGUCAGCAAGAAUGUCUGUAAUGGUGAAUGGAGGUCCAUGUGGUUUUUUUCAAGUUGAAAGAGGAUUGAGAUAG